AUGGCUGGCGAUGCAACUCAGUUAGUUGAACAAGUUGACGAAGUUAGCUUGAGAUUUAUGGUGGAUAGAGAAAGGAACAAAGUUCUAUAUGUAGAGGCAGGGAAGGAUUUUGUUGAUACUCUUUUCAGCUUCUUAAUAUUUCCUUUAGGGACUAUUGCAAGACUUGCGGCUAAGGAGUCAAAUAUCGACGCAGUGAAAUUUGGAAGCUUGAGCUCAUUGUACGAAAGUGUAUCGGAUCUUGGAGAAGAACAUUUGUGGAAUAAAACUUGCAAAGAAAUGCUACUGAAACCAAGGGUUCCCAUGGGACUUUAUUACCGGAAACUCAAAUUCAAUAUCGAUGAAUCAGAGCCGUUGAGAAAAUUAUUGAACCAAGAAAGUUUCGUAAAUUCCCUAAAAGGAAUUGAAGAAAGCGGUUUUGUCAAGGAAACUUCAACUUUUAUCGUUUCUGACGAUCUUUGUGUGUUGGCGAAUGAAGUUGGAACAAGCUUAAAUCUUUGUCAGAAGCAUGGAGUCAAUGACAUUGAUACUAUUGAUAAACGAACCGUUAAUAUCAGCAAGAAAGAGGUAAUUGAUAUUCUAAAGUUAUCUUUGGUCUCAAAGACUCCUUUGACAGACUUUAUCUAUAAAAAGGAACAGUUUGUUGGUAAUUUAGACCCAAGAAACCGGUCGGAAUUUUGGAUUCGAGAGGUAGAUGAAUCAUCUGAUGAAAUUAAUGACAAGAUGGUUGUGAAAGUACUGAGGAGAAAAUCAAAUGAACAAAUUCUGUUUCUAGAGGCGCAAGAUGAUUUUAUCGACUUUGUUUUUAGUUUUCUAACCUUCCCCUUAGGAGGAGUGUUGCAUAUGCUUCAAGGAUUCUCUUUGUUAAGCUGCAUUGAUAAUUUAUACAAAAGCAUGAUUGAGUUGAGUUCGGACGGAUGCAUAAUUUCAGAAAAUCUCAAAGAGAAACUAACUAAACCGCCGAUUCCUAUGCAAUUUGAACUCAGGAACCAAAUAUUACCGAUAGAUACCAAAUAUAAGGAUUAUUAUACACAAUAUAAAUUUAUUGAUCCUAAAUCCCCUAUUUCUGGAGGAUAUGUCAAAGGACCGAUUACCUUCAUCGUGACAGACGACAUGGUAGUGACCCCGUUAUCAUCCAUUGCUGUUGUUUCCUAUCUAGAAAGAAUGAAGGUUGCCUUUAAUGAUGUGGAGGAAAGGGUCAUCAGAAUUGGUAGGAAAGAGGGUCUCAGCAUACUAAAAGCUUCAUUGACCACAACUUCUACUUUGACAAACAGUCUCAGCCUGUUGUGGAGCAAUUCAAGAAUGAAUAAAGGUCCAAGUCUAUCCAUACAAGAGCAUAGCUUGCAAGAACAGUGGAGUACAUAG